CCCCACUAUGUGUUCCUCCCUUGUGAUUUUUUAUUCUUUGAUAUUUUCUUUUGUUAAAAGUGUCGUAUAUCAAUGGAUGUAAUAUUUGAAAUUAAACUUAAAAAGGAAAAAAAAUUCAACGAUUAAUAUCUUCUUUUACGGGACAGAACGAUGUUUUUUUCUGCCUGAUUCUUUGAUUGUGUGCAAAAACGCGUCGAAUAAGCAUAAUUUAUCGAUAUUUGAGCUAAUAAAAUCUGCAGCAAAUUGAUUGUUGGAAAUUUAAAAACAAAUCAUUCCUUAUAUUGCUUAAAUUUAGAAAAAUAUUACAGUAAUGUAAACAUGAGUCAUCAGAGAGGAAAUGCUAGUCGUUCAAGGCCUCAAAAAUAUAAAAAUCAAACGUCGUUUAAGAACAAUCUGCAUGACAAUUCUAAAAAAACAAAGCUCAUUAACAACAUUGAAAUUACUGAUGUAUGCGAACGUUGCAAGAAAAUAAUCGAAUGGAAGAUCAAAUAUAAAAAGUACAAAAUGCUUAAAGCUCCAAUGAAAUGUAUUAAGUGUGAACUAAAAACUGUGAAACAUUCUUACCACAAUAUCUGUUUACCUUGCGCACAGCAGCAGAAAGUCUGUUCAAAAUGUGGACAGAAGAGAGAAAUUGUUGGAAAAAAAGCCAUUAAGGAAGAACAAAUUAAAUUGGAUACCGAAUUUAGAGUAAUUUUAAAAAUGAUCCCAGAACGAAAACGAAGAACAUUCUUACGUUAUAUGGAUCAACAGAUAACAAAAAGUAAUAGCAAACGUUAUAUUUCUGAUUUAGAUACUGAUAUAGAUAAAACUAGCAGUAAAGACGAAACUGAUGAAAUAAAUUUGAAAAAAAGAGAUUUAUUAAUAAAACUAAAAUCAUUAGCUAUCACAGAAGAUGAUGACAACAUUGACAGUGAUACUGAUAAUGAAAGAGAAAAUGAUGCUUUCGAGUGAUGUUAGUGAUUUAUUAUAUGAUAAAAAAGUUUUAAAUAAAAAAAUUAUUAAAAUAUAAAAAAUAA